AUGGAUUAUAUGCAGGAAGAGCCAUACCCCAGCCACAGAUUUGUAUCACAUGACCCCUACUUCAGUGGUGGAGGUGGAAGUGCUGGUGGCUACGAUGCAAACUAUGCCAAUAACACAUCCUUUGAUCAACAUUCUGUACACAGUGACAGGCACAGACUAGUGGCAAGCUACUCUGACAUGCCCAACGGUGGUCACCCUUAUGGAAGCAGCAAUAUCUACCCUGUCAGCAACCAGCAGCAGAUACGGGCCUCACCGCAGCCACCUAGGUCUCUGUCUCCCCCAGAUUACUCCCCGCCAGGUGUCAUUGGUGUGGCUGGGGACAGUAAUCAUUAUGAGCGAGAGUCACCCUAUCACAAUCUGCCCCCAUAUCAAGAGUCGGUUGGUGGUGGUGGUGGCCAGUAUUAUGACGACAGGGAUGAGUUUGUGCCUGGGGACCCUCGCUCAGAUGAUUUCCUGCCACCUCAACCAACUCAUCCUUACGCUGAUGGAGAUUUGCAUGCAGGCUAUGGGCAAAGGGAGGGUUCUUAUGCCGGCAGCCACAGUAGUUUCCAGCCAAGUCCUCAUACAGACGCACAUCACAGUGGCAACUACACAGAGUCUUAUGUAAACCCCCGUUUCCAUGACAACCCACCUAGAUACAACGGAGGAGUUCAUUACCCGGAAGAUACUUACAACCAGAGCCUGGGUCCGCCAGAUGAUUACAUGGAGUACCCCGACGACCACCCCCAGUACUCCCACCAGUCAGACGUGGAGAACAGAGAUCAGUGGGAGCAACAGGAGGACCCUUACAACGACUCAUUCCAACCCAGUCCUGCACAUCUGCAGCACCCACAUAGCUCAUUCCAUGAUCUGGCUCAGGAGCCCUACCAGGGACCACCAUCACCAGACAGGUACUCGGAUGUUGCUAGGGAACGACACAGCUUUGACCAGCCAGGCAAUGCCAGCUAUUCUAGGGAUAGUUUCCACAACAGGCCACCUUCCCGUAUCAAUGACUCUUUCCAGAGGGAUCCGAACCUCACAGAUGAUUAUAUGGUCAAUGUUCAGCGACACUACGAUGGGCUACCUCCUGUCAGAGCUGACCCGUUUGCUGACGAUCCAUUCAGAGAACAACAUAGCCGUGAUUCUGAGCACAUGAGGCACAGUGAUGAUCCAUACUUUCGUGAACCUUCCCCUUCUGGAGGUGCAGAUGUUGUUGCUUAUGAUGAACGAGACAUGCUGGAUGGCUACAGCCAGGAUCCCCGCAGAUACCUCUAUGAUGCAGACUAUCCAGCAGCGGACAGAAGCCUCCCAUACGCACAGGAUGACUCAUAUUUGCCAGACGAUGAGGCUGCUCAUAAAUUGGAGCAGCUGACACUAGGUGCACCCACAUCUGAUGACAGGCGGACUCCUUCGGUGGAUAGCAGAGGCUAUUCCUCACAUGUGAGGUUCCCAGAUCUGCAAGAGGUGAUUGACUUCUUGUCCUCUCCCGAUGACAGCAUCAAAGCCAGCGCUGCAGCUCACCUACAACAUAUCACCUACAUGGAUGAUGCCAUCAAGGCCAAGACCAGGAGUCUAGGAGGCAUCCCGCCAUUGAUUCGCCUCUUGAGUCAUGACCUAGUGGAUGUACACAAGAACGCCUGCGGUGCCUUGCAGAACCUCUCUUAUGGCAAGAACAAUAAUGAGAACAAGAGAACAAUAAAAAAUGAGAAUGGCAUUCCAGAACUGAUCCGGUUGUUGAGGAAGACAGACCAAGAGGAUGUGAAAGAGUCUGUGACUGGCGUGCUUUGGAACCUGUCCUCAUGUGAGGACCUGAAACUGUCUGUCAUUGAAGACGGUCUCACAGUAUUGGUCAACAAUGUCAUCUUAAAGUAUUCUGGCUGGAGUGCACUAGGCAGUUCCUCGUCUCAGUUGCCAUGGACAACUGUCUGUCGUAACACAACUGGCAUACUUCGAAACGUCAGCUCUGCAGGUUUUGAUGCCCGGAAGAGAUUGCGAGAGUGCAAAGGUUUGGUAAAUGCUCUGAUAUACAUCUUGAAACUGGCAGCCGAAGACACAACUAGCAACCACAUUGACAACAAAGUGGUAGAAAACACAGUGUGUGUCCUCCGCAACUUGUCCUACCGCAUCCAGGAGGUGGUCGACCCAGAUUUCUACAAGAAACGCAGCCUGCCUAGGCAACAUGGGCAGACAACUAAGGGGAAGACAAGCAAAACUAGUGAAAGUAGUGCUGGAUGUUUCGGCAACAAGUCCAGUAAGGCCAAGACAAUGCAGACUAGCAAAUCUGGAAGUCAGCCCAACAGUGCCCCACUACAACUGCCCCCAACCUCAACAGAGUACCGCUCGCUGUGGGGCGGAGAGAUACACAUGUUGUACUCCACUGUGUUGAGACGCUGCACAAAUCCCAUCACAAUGGAGGCAGCUGCAGGGGCCAUCCAGAAUUUGACAGCAUGUGAUUGGCAGCCUGCAGUUGAUAGCCGAGCCAUGGUGAGGAAAGAAAAAGGUCUGCCCCUCCUUGUAGACUUGCUGUCGGCCGAGAGUGAUAGAGUGGUAUGUGCUACAGCCACUGCCUUGAGGAAUCUUGCCAUUGAUGAGAAAAACAAGGAGCUUGUAGGAAAAUAUGCAAUCAGACAGCUAGUGAGCCGCCUUCCCCGUGAUGAGCGUAACAGCCUUCCUGAUGACACCAUUUGUGCUGUGGUUGCUACUUUGUACGAGGUUGUCAAGGAUAACCAGGACUUUGCCUUAGCUCUGGUUCAAGAGGAUGGUAUUCCAAGACUGAUGCACAUAAACAGGUCACAGGGAAGAUAUCUGGCUCGCACACUCAAGUUUACUUUAACAUUGCUGAAAACACUGUGGGGCUACAAGUCUUUACAUGCAGAAUAUGCCAAACUCAACUGUGGCCAGGCAGAUUUCACCAGUUCUAAAGCCACACCAAG